AUGCUAAAGCUGUUUAGUAAAAACCAGAAGAAGAGGGAUUAUGAUAAAGUUAAGGAGGUUUGCAGAUAUCUUCGUAAGAUCAAAUUUUUCUCCCAAAGGAUCAUCCCUGCUGAAGGAUAUACCUUGUUAGUUGAAUGAAUGGAGCAUGUGUACUGACCCAGAGGAAAGCUAGUUUAUAAAGAAGAAGAGUCAGUAGAGAAUCUCUAUAUCUUACUUAUCGGAAAGGCAUCUGUCUGAAUCAGCAAAGAAUUCGAUUCAAACCUUGAUGUUAGAAGUCUGAAGAGAGUCAAUGAUAAGAGCCAUAGAUGAAGAAAAUAAAGAAGACCAAGAGUUCUUAAAUAAGCGAUAUCAGUUCCUUCAUUUGAAGAAAGGAGAUUCCUUUGGAGAUCAUGCACUGAUUCAUAAUACUUCUGCAAAUGAUACUAUCUUUUGUCAUACAAAUUGCCACUUUGCCUGCCUAAGUCGAUCUAAGUUUGAGGAGGUUUUCAGGCAACUUGAAGUUCUAAGGAAUCACGAAUGGAAGAAUUUUUUUUAAAUCAACAGCUAUUUUUGAGCAUCUUACAUUGAAACCGAUCGAAAAAUUGUUUUAUUUCUGUGAACUCAGGACAUAUAAACGGAAUCAGACUAUCUUUUCAGAGGGAGAUCAAUGCAAAGGAUUCUUUAUAAUAUAUCAAGGAAUCGCUCAAAUUACAAAAAGUUUCAUCUACAAAAGAGGAGGAGCAGAUAAGAAUUCCUCCCAGACUAGGCAAGAUAGAUUCUUUGGUAGCUCUAAAUUAGGCAGCAAGAGGUUGAUUAAGCUUAAGUCAAUCAGUGAAGGUCAGUUCAUGGGCAUCGAAGAUACCUUUGGUCAUAACUUUAUUGACUCGAAGGAGAUCCAUUCCUAUAAUGCAGUUUGCCAUUCAGCAGAAAUUCAAUGAUUUUAUUUUACGAAAGAGAAAGCUUAUGAUAAGUUAGCAAGCUUGGGAUGUCUGACCCACCUUUGAAGUAAAGCGAAGAUUAGUUUCCUAAGGAUGAAAGAGCUGUUUUAUAACUUAAUCCGAAUAAACAGAAGGAUUGACUUUACUCAGAAAGAAAGGCCUGAAUUCCAUCAAGAUGUACUAAAUUUACCUUCCCAAAACGAGCCAGUUAAGGUAAUCGACACCAAAAGAAAAGAAACAGCUGUGAAGAAGCAGAAGUCUGAGGUUAAGAAGGAGCAGUUUAGGAUACUUUAUAAUGCUCUUACUGAUUUGAUAAACAAGUCUGAGACCAAGAGGGUCACAAAUCAUCGACCAUCAACAAAUAAUACUACCAAGGUUAAUAGCUUCGUGAUUAACAAAACAAAUAUAUCUGAGUUAGCUGACAAUGAGACAACUGCUACAUCGAUGAACUGAAAAACAAGGAGAAACAGCAACUUCUUUGAGAGUUAUGAAACCAAUAAACAUUUGCUUUCUAAAAGAAAAGAUAGGAGUCACACCCAGGAGAAUGAUAAAAGUAAAAGUGUGAUUGCCGAUAACUUGAAAAUAAAGGAGCCUUCAAACAGAAGAAAUCUCACUCUUUGAGCUUCAUUUUAUCCUGCUGUCCAGAAUAAAAUGUAUAAAACUACUCAAAAAACAAUGAAAAUAACAGAGAAAGAUGGCUUAAAAUCUCCCUUAAUUUUUCAGAAAGAUAAAGUAUCCACUGCAAGGGAAAUGCUUACUAGGAGACUAAAGUUUAGCAAGAUGUCAGUAGACACUCAAAAUUUUAGAGACACAAAGCUGAAUAAAUUAGUUCCAAACAGCUUCAAAUUAAAAUCACCAAUACUUGUCGAAGGGAUGAAGGACUGAAACCGGAACAUAAUUCCCAAUCCUAACUUAAGGUUUAACCUUAAGAGGCAUUUUAUGCCUGUAGCUUGUUCGAUCCCUUCAAAUAUUACGACUCGAGAUUCGAGAAGGUUAUCUAUUGGGUCUCUUGUAUCAAGCAAGAGAUGGUAAUAUUAAACCAUUAAUGGAUAAGUCCUGUUU